CUCUGGAGAGCUCUCUCACACCAUCCCCACACAGAGAAAGAGAGAGAAAUUAAAAUCCGAUAUGAUGAACACAGAGUUGAGAAUAUAAUAUAUACCCAGUUUCAUUGGAGAGAUGGAGGGAGAAAGAAUAAACAGGUUUGGGCAAGCACGGAAGUGGAUAAAGAUUGGAUCUUUUUUGUGCUGAAAAAGGUAUACUUAUGAUAAUACAGAUUCUUUGAUUGAUGUUUUCUCAAUUCCCCUUUCUGCUGUGAAGUAGUGGUCAAGUCGCCUUUCAACUCCUGGCCUGUACGUACGGAUUCGUGGUUAAUUGGGAUUCCACGCCUUUAAAAGGGGUAAAAUUGUCCAUGUGGUUUCCUAUGGAUGGCGGCGGCGGUGGCGGUGACCAAGGGGGAGAACAAAAGCCGACUCUCCGGCCACCUCCGAUGGUCACGACCACAGGGUACUGGUACUCUGACCAUCACCAGAUUCCCCAGCCAGAGAUCUGCUACCACAAUAACACUCCGGGUGACAUGGAAAUGGUGGGGUGGAAGAGUUUCCUCAACAAGGCGGCGGCGGCGGCACCCGGUAGCGGCGCUCCGUCCUCCUCAUCCAAGGCGGCGGCGGGACUUUCCUCCGGCGUGUUCUACGCCCAUCCCCACCAAGAAUUCUGCAACGCCGCGUGGGUUGACCAGGGGGGCAACAACAAUGACGACGAGUCUUCCUCCUCUCUAAGAUGCGUGACGUUCCCUUGCGAGGGGAGCGAGAGGCCGAGCCAGGGGCUCUCGCUCUCCCUCAGCUCCGCCAACCCCUCCGCCAUAGGGCUACAGUCCUUCCAGCUAAGGGCUGCUGCUAAUCAUCAUCAUCAUCCCGGCGGCAAUAAUAAUAAUAAUAAUAAUAAUAAUAAUAAUAAUAAUUGUGGGUAUUUUGAGAUGAGGGAGUCCAAGUAUCUGGGCGCUGCUCAGGAGCUCUUAAAUGAGUUCUGUAGCCUUGGAACUUCCGAAAGCAGCGGCCAUAAUAAUAAUAAUAAUAAUGGUUCCAGAAUAAAGGAGAAGAAGAAGAUGGCCUGCAACCAAUGGCAGGAUGGGGAGGAAAGUACAACCCAUAAUGCUGCCGGUACUACCUCUGAUUGCAACAGAAACCCUUGUUUGGAUUCCCUUGACCUUCUUGAAUUGCACAAGACCCAAACCAAGCUCCUUCAUAUGCUCCAAGAGGUUGAUAGGAGAUACAAGCAGUAUUGCGAUGAAAUGAAGGCGGUGGUUUCCUCCUUCGAGGCGGUGGCCGGAGACGGGGCGGGGAAGGGGUACGCCGCCCUAGCGGCGAAGGCGAUGUCGAGGCACUUCCGGUGCCUGAGAGAUGGGAUCGUGACCCAGUUGAAGGAGGUCAAGAAGGCCGCCGCACAAAAGGACGGCCCCGUGGCGGCGCCGGCGUCCUCCUCCGCCGCCGGCGGCACCACCAAGGGAGAGACGCCGAGGCUCAAAAUACUGGACCAAGCUCUCCGGCAGCAGAAGGCGUUUCAGCAAAUGAGCAUGAUGGAAGCCCACCCGUGGCGGCCGCAGCGCGGCUUGCCGGAGCGGUCCGUCUCCCUCCUCCGCGCUUGGCUUUUUGAACACUUUCUUCACCCGUACCCAAGUGAUGUGGAUAAACAUAUUUUAGCCCGCCAAACAGGCCUUUCAAGAAGCCAGGUGUCUAAUUGGUUCAUCAAUGCAAGGGUGAGGUUAUGGAAGCCCAUGGUGGAGGAGAUGUAUCUAGAAGAAACUAAAGAACAAGAAAACCCACUUAUUGCCAACUCAUCAUCUGCUGAUGACACCAACCCAGAUUCCGGCAGCCGUAACCCUAGGACGACGUCCGACGACGACACGGAGGACCGCAAGCCCAACAACCUCGUACGCGUCGACAUCUCCUCCAUCUUCAACAACAACGACAACCCCGGUGGUGGGGCCACCGGUGCUGACGGCGACCGCUGGCGGCCCACCUUCGGGGGAACGACAGUUGGUGGGGACCACCGCUCGUUUGCCCACGUCGGCUUCUCGCGGCCGCCCGACCCGGCCUGGGCCCACGGGAACCCCGGCGGGUCUUUCGGGUACGGGGCGCGGGCCGGAGGCGGCGGCGGCGUGUCGCUGACGUUGGGGUUGCAGCAGCAAGGCGGGAGAGGAAUGGGUUUGGCGGCCGCAUUCUCUCCCUCCUCCGCCGCUUCCGGCUCGACGGCGGCGGGGCCUCCGCCGCCGCUCUUCUACUCUAGACCUGACCAAAUCGAAGAUUGCCAAACAGUGCCUUAUCCGCUUUUGGACAGUGAAGGUCAGAAUUUGCCGUACAGGAACUUGAUUGGGGCGCAGCUGCUUCGCGAUUUGGCGGGUUAAUGAGGGAGAUGUUAAAAGAUAUGAUAAUUAUAAUCUAAAUUAAUUAAAAGUUACAAAUUCAAUCAGUGCAAAAAAAAGAAGAAUUAGUAGUAUGAUUAAACCAUGUUGAUUGAUUAGUAGUGUUUGUCAUUACCUUGCAGUUCUUUAAAUUUGUUGGUAUUAAUAUAUGACAAGUACAAUU